CGUCACAAAAAAGUUAUUGUUUCAAUCUGAAAAUAAUCAUUAUCGAUGGCAUCGAGGUGUCAUAUAUUGGUGUUAAUGUAGAAUUUAAUAUCCUGAAAAGGUUUUUGAAAAAUAUGAUGUAUAUAUCACGUUAUUUAUGACAGGACGGUUCAUUUCUCUACUUACUUUGACGAUCAUUAUAUUGUUAAAACAAUAGAAAUCUAAAGUACAACAACUAAUAUGCGAGGAAUAUCAAUAUGGAUAAUCGGUAUGGUAUUUGGAAUGAUACGUGAAACAGUUAAUGCUGCAGCAUCAUAUGGAAUUGGUGAUUGUAAAUUCUGGGAGUAUAAAUGCAAUUCAGGUGAUUGCAUUAAUAUUCGAUUCUUUUGUGACGGAGUGAACGAUUGUCCAGAUAAAAGCGACGAGAUAAUUGAAAGAGGCGAUGCCGCAUGUGGAAAUCCACUUAACGAUUUCAAUCAACAAUGCAAGUUACCUGAACAAUACUUCUGUGAUAGUAUCCAUCAUUGUUACAAUAAAACAGACGAAAAUGACGCAUUAUGCAAAAAUAACAAAUACGUCAUGCAGUGUAUAUUCUAUGGUCAUUGUUUGAAUAAGUUGUUUGUGAAUUGUGGAGAUCAACCGGGUUUUCAAUGUUCAAAUAAAAUCCCUUGUAGAGGUGAUAUAUGCUCUCGCCGUGGUGGUGCAAGACAUAUUAUUGAUUUGACAAAAGAGUGUGAAUCCAUAUCAACAUUCAGUUGCAACUCCGGAGAAUGUUUGGAUCCAGAUAAAUUUUGCGACGGAAUAAUAGAUUGCAAGGAUGGUAGUGAUGAAGUCAUACCAAAUGCUACAAACAUUGAAAUAGGAAUAUCCUGCAGUAACAAAUGGAAUAAUGUUGCACAGCAUUGUGUUUUACCUUCCAGAUAUAUUUGCGAUAAUAUUGAUCAUUGUGAUGAUAGAGUUGAUGAAUGCCAACCGGAAUGCAACCAUUCAUUUCUAUGUAACAACGGGAAAUGUCUUUGGGGAAAUAAUACCGUACCAAGCACUUGUGAUGGAAAAGAUGAUUGUGGUGAUUCGAGUGACGAAUGCAAUUCCAUGUGCAGUAAAAAUGGAAAAAAUGUUUUUUAUUGCAAAGAUGAAAAAAAAACUUGCAUCGCCAUUGAAUUAUUCUGUAACGGCCGUCGGGAUUGCCCGGAUGGAAGCGAUGAAAUUAUGACCAGCGAUGGGAACGGAACAGUAUGUGCCAACAGAUACAACCCUACAGGAUUAAGAUGCCUUUUACCAGAACAUCAUAUGUGCGAUGAUGUUAAACAUUGUAAAGACUACAAAGACGAAGAUUCAUGUAAAAGUAAUAAGCACUUCAGAUGCAGAAAUGGCGAGCUCAUCUACGCCACUAAGGUUUGCGAUUUUCGGGAUGAUUGUUUCGAUUCCUCGGAUGAAUGUGGAAGGCCAGGGUGUAAUAAACAUUUCACUUGUCCUAAUAAUGGAAAAUGCAUUGCUUUUAAUAAAUUUUGUGACGGAAAUGAUGAUUGUGGAGACGGAAGUGACGAAAUAAUGACAAAUUCGACAGGAUUUAUGUGUAAAAAUGCAUUCAACCACUUUAAUCAACAAUGUGUUUUACCUGAACAAUAUGUUUGCGACAAUUUGGACCAUUGCGUGGGAAGAUCUGACGAAUGUGGACCAGAUUGCCAAAAUUCAUUUUUUUGUAAAAACGGUGAAUGUAUUCAUCGUAUGAACUUCUGUGAUGGCACAAACCACUGCGAAGAUAAAAGUGAUGAACAGGUUGCUGUAUUUGGAUUUAAAUGCGAUGUUAUUCAACGUUUUCGCGAUGAAGUACGUACUUGUGUUCUUCCUCAAAAAAUGUUGUUUGAUGAUGUUUUUGACUGCAUCGAUCAUUCAGAUAGCUGUAAUGAAAACGAAACGUGUUUUAGAUGUAUGUCCGAUAAUUUCUAUGUUUCGAAAAGACAAGUAUGUGAUGGAAUAUUUGAUUGUCCUGAUUUGAGUGAUGAAUGUUUCUGUGUACAACAAAAUAAAAAUAUAUCAGAAAUAUGCACAAAUUAUUGCCAAUUAGAAGAUUCGCUAUCGUGCGUCAGUUGUAAUAGGAACGAGAUAUCUUGCAGUAACGGGAAAACAUGCAUCAGUAUAUCGCGUGUAUGUGAUGGAAUACAAGACUGCGAAAAUGGGGAAGACGAGAAUGCAUGUAAAGAUAAAAUAGAGAAAGAUUGGUCAAGUGAGUCAGCGGUUUAUACCUUUACUUGUGAUGAGAAAAGUGACCAAGGAUCUGCUAUUUAUGCAACGCUGUGUGAUGGUAUCCCGCAAUGCCCUUUCGCUGGAGAUGAAUGCAAACUUUUAAAACCUGGAAUGAGUGAAGAUGCUCUUGAUCGUUCAUUUUUCUGUGGAAAUGAAACAAUUGAAGUUUGUAAGAGUUUGGAAAUAACGGACGACAUUCUUCACUGUCCUGGAAACCCGCAUCAAUUUCUAUCAAAAGAAAUUUGCGACGGUUUCGAAGAUUGUGAAAAAGAUAUAGCAGACGAAUUAAGUCCUGAUGAACGGAACUGCAAAGACAGAGUGAAAUGUCCAACAAGUCGACCUAAAGAGUCGUUAAAUCAUAAAAGCUAUGAUUCAAAGAAAAUAUUUCAUAGAAAAUCUACAAUUCAUAUUAGCAGUCUUUGUGACGCAAGAAUUGAUUGCGAAGGAGAAGAGGAUGAGGCGGAAGAUUUGUGUCAGGGUGAAAAAUUGCAAAGAUUUUACUGUGAAAGUAGAACACUAGGAGAAAAUAGUUCAACAAAUCCGGGACCAUUAUUUGUUUCGAAUAAGGAAGUGUUGGAUGGUAAGCAACACUGUAACGACGGCAGUGAUGAAUGUCCAACUAAGCUAUUUUACGACAAUAUGUUUUCCUCGAGACAUAGGAUGAUUAAAAACAUGAUUCUCAGUGUCGCGGUUUGGUUGAUAGGAAUAUUGGCAUUGGUUGGCAAUAUUACAGUGAUGUAUAACACCGUAAGGAAAUUACGAUCACGGAGAAGGUUUUCAGCUAUGAUGAGAAGCAAUUAUAUAUUAGUACUCAAUUUGGCAACUGCUGAUUUUCUGAUGGGGAUUUAUUUGCUUGCUCUGGCGAUACAAAACGCAGCAACAGACGGAAAAUAUUGUCGCUAUGAUAGAGAAUGGCGAACUGGAUCAACAUGUGCAUCACUUGGAAGUCUCGCCAUGAUUUCAAUUCAAGCUUCUGUUUGUUUUCUUGUUAUAUUGACUACCUAUAGAAUGAUAUCACUGUUAAAGCCUUUACAUGUGGAAUCACUGAAAGUCAGAUACACUAUUGGGUUUGUUGUUUUGGCUUGGUUCUUUUCUUUGAUCGUCGCAAUCGCACCUAGACUUCCGGAUUUUAAAAACUAUUUUGUAUCCUCGGUGUUUAUCUCUCCUGGUGUUUAUUUUUUCAAUACGAACACUCCAACUAAAAAAGAAAUGGAAACGUUUUCGAGGACACUACUAAAAUAUUCAAACGGAUCUAUGGUUUCAACUGACAGUAUGUCUUGGCAGCAAAUACGUGAUACAGUUGAUAAUCAUUACCCGGAAAAUUGGCCUGAAUUGCAUAUUUUGGGGGAAUUUGGAUACUACAGUAGCCACAGUGUAUGCUUGCCGCGAUUGUUUGUGAAGGUCAAUGAUAGUGCAUGGCUCUACUCAAUAUUCAUCAUGAUAUUCGAUUUGAUAUCCUUUUUGUACAUUAUGACCUCAUACAUAAUAAUUUAUCACGAUGCGGCACGUCAGGGAGCCAUGGGUCAAAACAGAGCUGCAAUAGAAGAAAAUAGAACUUUGCAGGCUCGUAUCACGCGACUAGUCCUUGCGGACUUUUUUUGCUUGGUUCCGGUCUGCUUGACGGCAUUUCUCAGUGUUCUUGGAGUCGAAAUAAAUCCGGUAGCUUAUGCUAUAGCUGCAAUCGUUCUUCUACCAAUCAACAGCGCAUUGAAUCCUAUUCUAUAUUCAAAUGUUUUUGGAAUUUUAUACAAAUCGAUGGUUGCUUCAACUUCGUCAUGCCGCAAAAAGAUAACGUCGUCCCAGCAAAGAAGAAAACCUUACGCACAAAAUUCACAAGUAACAACGUUACCAGAUCAACGUAACUUUAGUUACAAUAGAUAUAUGACAUCAAUAACAAACGAAGAAACAGAGAGAUUGCGUCUAGAUAGUAACGCCUCUAGCAGAGCCGGAAAUAAUGGAAACUUGUCUACAGAAAUAACGAAAACUACAGUUUUGAAUGACUGAAACUUAUAUGAAGAAAAGCAUUAUCACAAGAUAACUUUGCAUGGCAAUACUUGUCUGUGUAUCUACCCUUCUACGAUCGCUAUACUUGCUGCGAUAACAUUUUAAUUUUUGUUAUGUUCGUAAAUAUAUACAACAUUUAUAAUGCAAAUAUUCUUUCAACAGCAAAUAAAUAAUUCAGUGCUGUAACUGUUUGCCUAUAUUAAAAUGUAAUAUUAUUUAACUCUUUUUCAUGCAUGCAUGCAUGCAUGAAUAGAAUGAACGUUCUACGCUCGUUUUGAGAUUGCUUCGAAUUGUUGCAGUUCUUACAAACUGAUUUAUCUGUUCAAAACUAUCAUUCUUUUAACCAUAUUCAACAACAUGAGCUCAUACGUACCGAUAGCUAAUUUUGGCCUGGUCUAUUUAUCGCAGCAUUCGCGGGAAGAUAUUUUGAGUAUUGCAACUAAACUAAAGCUCCUCGAAAAAUAUGAAAAAAAUCAAAGUAUUCAAUUUGAAACUAAUUCUGGAAAACACAACUGAAAACUGACAAAAAACACGAGAAACGACAAGAACAGGGCAAACACCGGGAGAAAUCUUAAACAAGGAAAACUCCGAGUCGAAAUAAUAAAUCUAACAAGUCCUUUGUGAAUCUCUAUUGAACCUUCUUG